AUGAAAGAUCUAAAUAUGGAAACAGAGGUGACAAUCACAAAGGAAGAGUACAUCCCAGUGCCCCAUCCCUACCCAGUGAAGGUGCCAGUGGAGAAGGAGGUACCGUACCCUGUGGAGAAGGUGGUGCCGUACCCGGUGAAGGUCCCUGUGGAACGGCCAGUUCCGUACGAGGUUCCGGUACCGAAGCCGGUGCCUUACGAAGUCAAGAAGUACAUCCCGUACCACGUCAAAGUGCCCGUGGACAAACCCUACCCCGUACCCUACCCUGUCGAGAAGAAAGUACCUUACAAGGUGGAAGUCAAGGUGCCGGUCCCACACCCGUACCACGUCCACGUACCGAAACCCUACCCUGUCGUCGUAGAGAAGAAGGUUCCGCAGCCGUAUCCGGUCCACGUCAAGGUUCCUGUACCCAAACCCUACCCGGUCCACGUCAAGGUCCCGGUGCACAUCCCUGUCGAGAGACCGGUACCGUACGAGGUCAAAGUCCCGGUGGAAAAGCCCGUACCGGUGCACGUGAUCAAACCUUACCCAGUUCCGGUCGAGAAGAAGGUCCCGUACCCGGUGGAGAAAGAAGUUCCGUACCCGGUGAAGAUACCCUACGAUCGUCCUGUACCGUAUCACGUGGAGAAACCCUACCCAGUUCCUGUAGUGAAGAAAGUACCCUAUCCAGUGAUCAAGCCGGUUCCGUACCACGUAGAGAAGGAGAUACCGUACCCGGUGAAGAUACCUGUCGAUCGCCCCAUACCAUACCCUGUAGAGAAACCAUUCCCAGUUCCUGUGGAGAAGGAGGUGCCCUUCCCUGUAGAGAAACCUGUCCCAUACCCUGUGAAGGUACCUGUAGAGCACCCCGUCCCAUACCCUGUUGUUAAGCACGUCCCAUACCCAGUAAAAAUAUCAGAUGAAAAGCACCACGACUUCCACCAUGGUGGCGACUUCCAUCAUGGUGGCUUCGAUCGCCGAAGGUAA